UAUGUUGUUUCCAGUCAGCAUUGAUAUGCUUGUGCUGUUAAGUUUAUUUUUGUCAGAAUUUGUUUGACUGUACAGCUGUCAACAGAUCAGGUGUUUCUAUUGUAAACAAUAUCACUGAGAUAUGAUUCUGGUCAGAGAACUUAUUUUGUGUGGAUGUUUUCUUUCAUCUGUUAUAUAUUCAGAGUACUCUGUCAAAAUGCCUCCAAACUUGGAAACAAUCCAUGGCUCCUGCAUUUUGAUCCCAUGUUCCUUCACCACCAAGGAAUCAGAUGUGACAAGUCCCGCCACAGGGGUGUGGAGAAAAAGGUCCCAGUGGUUUCAAGGCGGUGUUGAUGUGUUCAACUCUUCUAAAAGCCAAAACAAACUUCAGGGAGAGAUACUCGGUGACCUUACAAAGCGGAACUGCACCUCAGUUUUAUAUGGUUUCACAAAAGAUUAUGAGGACAAAUAUUUCUUUCGACUGGAGAGCAAUGUGAAAGUAACCUUUACUGAGUAUGUUUCAAUCAAAGUCAAUGAUGUGCUCCCUAAACCACACCUGACCUUGCCGCAGUCCAUUCAGGAGUGCGUCCUGGUUAGUAUGACCUGUACGAUCUCUUCCCAGGCCCUGUGCCCCCAGGAUCCCCCAACUCUGACAUGGAGCCCACAGCUCAACCACAGCAGGGAAAUCCUGCGGACAAAAGAAGAUGGCACUCUGGAAGUCAUCUCUGUGCUGAGUUUCAUGCCCUCAUGCUCGGACGAUGGCCUGAAUGUGAGCUGUGUGGUGACACACCAUCAAGGCGUCACCCCCGUCCGGGAGACCGCGCUGCUUACUGUGUAUUAUGGACCAAAGAAUCUUUCUGUGUCACUGAACACCUCACAAUUUGAAAUCGGGAGUCCCAUCACAUUAUCCUGCCUUGGUGUAUCCAAGCCCCCUAUAGACAAUUAUAGAUGGUUCCGGAACACAAGUGGUUAUCUGGAGGAAAUGGACUGGACAUCCCAGAAUUUCACUUUCAAUGUAACUCACAGUGGCACUGUUGUGUACCACUGUGAGGGAAGAAAUUCAGUUGGAGCAACCAACUCUUCAGGGCUGGAACUAGAGAUGCCAGCCAGUGCACAUUCGAAACCAGGAUGGUGGCUGCUAAUAGCUGGUGCUGGAUUUAUCCUAUGUUUGCUUGUUGUUGUCUUAUGCCACAGACAUAAGAAUCCACAGUCACAGCAGCCAUGCAGAAAGGAGCUUGAUCUUAAGGGGAGAGUGGUGGACCCAGAUAUUUACAUCAACGUGACAGAGGAGACCCUCCACAAAGCUGCAGGCAUCUCAGAGCCACAUGACAGUGUGUAUUGCAACCAGUUCCAAGCAAACAACAGUGAUUUUUUGUCACAAACGGAUAAUGCCAUUUAUGCCAACCACUGAUCAUUGACACAAAAUUGUUUGAUGCAUAGCAUGCCUUUUUAGUGGUCUGCAUAGCCUAUAAUGUAAGCUAAACCCACGGUAGUGUAAGUUGAGUAUGUUGAUCCAGCACCUGUAUCUCAGAAACUAUUCACAAUUUUUCUCAUGACCCUAAAUUUAAUUUGCAUGUACUGAAUCUUAAUAUUACUAUAGCUAGGGUAGCUCUAGGCUGCUAGACUGAGCACUUUUCCCAAUAUGAUGCAUGGUUGUGGGGAAAGUUGAACCAGAGCCUUGGGGGUAAGUUGACAUGGAGGUUUCAAAUUUGUAGACAAAUCAGUUGUAGUAUUUAUUUUAUGAAUACCAAUACAAUCUCAUGGUGAGACUUAAUUACUAAAUACUGACUAAUAACAUGGAAAUAAUGUUGGUAAAAAUGUAUUAUUUAUAUUCACAAUUUUUAAUCGUGAUUUAAAUUUACCUAAUAGUAAUUGUUUUCUCAGAUGGGUCAACUUACCCCUUAUGUGAUGUAAGUUCAGCCACAAGACCCCCUAAUAUUGUUGUGUAGUUGAGUCAGACACACAAAGUUUCAAAUUAUGGCACAUAUACACAAACACAUAUAUAAGGCACACACACACACACACACACACAAACUCAAGCACAAACACACACCACACACCACACACACACUCACCCAUUUACUACUGUUUUGCAUGUAUCCACGCUGGGCUUGUCAACCAGAUAGCCGUAUAUAGGGCUAAUAAAUAUCUGGCCACUUGCUAACGUUGUCUACCCAUUUUGCUUUCAGCUCAGGAUCAGGCAGACAAUCGCUAAGAUUCGCAGUUUGCGGCCCUUGACAGUGACAGUGCAUGCCUUGACAGCUCAACAUGCUGGUUUAUUAGCUGCACAAUUUUUCUGACCCCAUGCUGUGCGUACACCCAACCUAGGCUCUAGAUGAUUACAAACAUUGAAGGGGUCUAUACUUGCAAUGCAAAUACAGAUGUAUUGAGGUGUCACCAAAGAAUGCUUUGUUCAUUGUUGCAGGCUUGUCUUAGUGAGGUAGUGCACAAACGUUUGUGACUUUGUAGAGCAGGGGUGUCAAAGAUACGGCACAGGGGCCAAAUUCGGCCCGCCCGCAGAUUUCAUAGCCCCCCCCCUCAGAUGUUUUGGGCAGGAAGGAAAAUGAUAAUAGAUAUUCACAUCCAGUUGUUAUUGUGUAAUAUGCAUUAUCUCUAUGAUAAAUAAUAAUAAUAAUAAUAAUAUUAAUAUAGCACAAAGAAAAACAUGGAGAAAAAGGAACAAAUUUGCUGCACCAACAAUGUUGGUAGCCAUGUAUAUAUGCUGGUAAAAAAGAAAGAGACAGAGACAAAUCUGGCCAACAUUUUAUUUUUACAAUUGUUUUUGUUUUUUGUUUAGAGGCUAGGUGGCAUUUCUUUUAAGUUUAUUUUUGGAGCCUUUGUCUUUAAAUUAGGUGGCAUAUAUUUAUGUACAUAUAUGGGGGAAGAGAGGGUGGGAAAAAUUAAAUGUGUAAAAUGCCUGUAGUAGCCAUGACAGACCACGGGAGGGCAGUAUCUUGAAAUAUAAAAUCAAUUUAUUUGUCUUCAAUGCAAUGCAAUUUUGGCCCAUGGUUAGGUUUACAUAUUUUAUUAAGCUAGUAAGAGUUGACAUUCAUUUAGUUCAGUGGCAAUGAGCACACAAAUUCUAGACAAUGUCAAAAGUUACAAGUAUCCCAUUGCCCUUAUGUUCUAUCAAGUGCUCACUGUAAAAAUAAUGGCUCGUAAACAUUUUCAUCAUUAUUGUUUACAAUCAAUAAAAAUAUGACCAUUCCACACCCACACCCAAAAUGUGCUUCUUCUGAGAGCAAUCCGUUUGCCAGUGAAUUCGCUUGCAGGGCUAUUUGAAAACACAUGAAUGUGAAAACAUACUGAAGUAGUGAAGUACAGUUAGCUAGUGAUGCCACUAGUGGAUCAAACAAUUGUACAUAGACAUACCUGUCAUUUCUGAAAGGCUGAAUAUCUACUUUGAAGUAUUUUAUCUGUGGUGAUGAGAUGAGAAGUUGCUUUCUUUUGUUUUUGGUUAGUUUUGAAAUAUUUUAUUCUCUCAACUUCUAUCAGUGGUUCAUUAUAUGUUUAAUUAUCUUAAACCUUUGAUUGGAAAGCACUUUGGUAUAUAUCACAAGUUGUUCUUAAAUGUGGUAUAGAAAUAAAGUGACUUGACUUGAAUUAACCAACAGUAUUCACCCACAUUUUGUAAAGACAUAAAGUAAAGAUAGGAUAUCUCCUGAGUAGUUCUUGAAAUAUGUUUAUUUCAUUUGCUGAAUUAAUGUAAUUAAGUGAGUAACAGCGAGGAGACAUCACUAUAAAUCAACUGAGCAUUAGUGCACAAGCUCAGGUGAUAAGUCAGAAGCCACACCAUGACUGCUGUCUCCAUACACCUUCACAUCAAAGGUCCUCAUUAAUAACCCAGCAACUUUAUACUGUUACAUGUUAUGGUCAUGGAUGUCCCAGCAGGGAUCCAGGACACCUGAAAUGGUCCCUAUAGUGUAGAAGGAUGGGUGUUUGUAAAUUCAUGUUUUGGAUGACUUCACACAGUUACAAUUGAUCACUUGAACUAUCCUUUCUAGUUUUAAGACACAUCACUGGUUGAAUACACCUCCACCUCACACAAUGUGAGGAACUCUGACCAUCCACGAAUGACCACAACCCACAGUGACCAUCCAUCCUGUUACAGCUGCAGGUCUUAGAAAGCCCAGCAGGGAUAUAAGUGCGCCAUGCACUUCCUUCUCUUCUAUCACUUUCUCCUUCUAUCACACUUUGACAUAUCGGCACUCUUAUCCAGUAAUAGUAUUAUAUAAUAAUUCUAAGGUC